AUGCCUUCUUGGACCCACCUUGUUCGUUUCAUUGCUGUCGAGGACAGCCAGGUUCACCUCGGCCAGCUGGUCGAUACAACCCGCGAUGUUGGGCGCGACAGUGUCGACGGAGUGAAAAUUGCCGCCAAAGUCAUCGAGGGGACCAUCUUCGAUGGCCGUGUGACCGAGGAGGUCAUGCACGUGAAGCAGCUUCUAUCUCCAGUGACCCAGGAACAAUGCAGCUAUAUCCGCUGUCUGGGUCUGAACUACAUGGACCACGCCAAGGAGGGCAACUUCCCUCUUCCCAAGGCACCGAUUCUAUUCACUAAGCCUCGAACUGCGCUCGCUGGACCUUACCCCGCCGCUAUCAAUAUCCCGAAAUGUGCCCAGGAUGAUACUAGUGAUUACGAAGCCGAGCUAUGCCUGAUUAUUGGCAAGUCUGGUCGGGAUAUUCCCGAGGAAGAGGCAUUGGACUACGUCCUCGGCUACACUGCCUCGAACGAUGUCUCUGCGCGAACAAUGCAGAUGCUCACCGCGCAAUGGUCUUUCUCGAAGGGACUCGAUGGAAGUUGCCCAAUUGGACCUGUCUUGGUUGCCCCAUCCGCAAUCCAAGACCCGCAGACUCUUUCCAUCCAAGCCAUCCACAACGGCACGGUUGUUCAAGAUGGACACACGAAGGAUAUGAUCUUCAACAUUAAGAAGCAGAUCUCGUACCUGUCGCAAGGCACUACUCUCGAGGCUGGAACCCUCUUCCUUACUGGUACCCCUGCCGGCAUUGGAUUCUUCCGCGAGCCCAGAGUUGUUCUUCGUGAUGGCGAUGAGAUUAGUGUCAAGAUUGAUCAGAUUGGAACUUUGAUUAACAAGGUGCGGUACGAAAGCCGUUAA